AUGGCUCAAUCGAGCGGUGAUAAAAAUCAAAUUGUCAUUGGCUACUGGGCAAUUCGUGGCUUUGCGGAACCAAUUCGUUUGGCUCUACAUUAUACCAAAACACCAUUUACAGACAAAUUAUAUGAACAAGGUGAAGGUCCAGAAUACAGCCGAGAAGAGUGGCUUCGUGAAAAACCAAAUCUUGGUCUUGAUUUUCCUAACUUACCAUAUUUGUUUGAUGGUGAUUUGAAAAUUAGUCAAUCAAAAGCUAUUUUAUAUUAUCUUGGACGUAAAUUAAAUCUUUUGGGAAAGAAUCUAAAUGAAGAAGCACGAGCGAUGAUGUUAUGUGAAGAAGCUUUUGACUUUCGUAUGAAAUUAAACGAAGUCUUUUAUGGUCCAAAAGGAGAAUCCAAAGCAGAAAGAAAAAAAUUUGCUGAAACAACCAUAGCAGAACAAUUACAAAAGUUCGAUGCUUAUUUAGGCAAAUAUAAUACAAAAUUUGCUGUUGGUGAUGGACCAACUGUAGCUGAUUUUCAAUUGUAUUCAUACAUUGAUACUGCUUUAUCAAUGGAUGAAGAACAUACUUUAAUUAAUAAAUAUCCUAAUGUUAAACGAUUGUUGAAAACAAUAAGUGAAUUACCCGAAAUAAAAGAUUAUAUUGCUAAAUCUCAUGCUCAAUUGCCUCUCAAUAACAAAGUGGCUGCAUUUGGUGGCAAAGUCAUUCAACAUUAA